UUUUGGGAACCCGGGUGGAGUUUAGCCGGCCACUCUGCCGAAACCAGCGACCAGAGCCGGAGAGCCCCCUGUUUUCCCCUCCCGCCGCGUCCUCCUCCUUCCUCGCUGCCGCCAACUGCAACAGCUACCCGCCGGCUUCCGUAUAUAUAACCCACCUCCCCUCCCACCUCGUCAUCGGCUCAUCGCCGCAGCGCAAAGCGUCAACACAACCAGACCAAGAUCCAGAAGCAAGCAACCCGCAAGCUACUCUAUAGCUAGUCCACUCGAUCAAGAAACUUAAGGCCUUUAGCUCGGACAGGAGCGAGGAUGAGCGCGCCGUCGUUGAGCAAGAAGGCGUCGUCGUUCGUGGUGGCGGCGAGCAUGAGCGCGGUGGAGGCGCUCAAGGACCAGGCGGGGCUGUGCCGGUGGGACUACGCGAUCCGAUCCCUCUGCAACCGCGCGGCCGCCGCCAAGGCCACCGGCCGCGCCGUGCCGGUGUCUCUGUCGUCGUCGUCGUCGUCGUCCCAGACCGCGGGCGGCGGCAGCAGCGCCGCGGCUCCGGCUUUGGCCGCCGCCGGCAGGUCUAGGCGGUCGGAGGAGGAGAAGCUGCACAAGGCGUACCACCUCGUCUGCUGGGGCCCGAAUUGAUUUGAUUAGGAUUGGUUGGUUCUUCGUUUUGUGAGAUUUCUCCUCUUCUUGCUCAUACCGAGAUGUAUCUGCAAAUUUGCAUGUACUCCGUCCUCCUCUGAUGCCAGCACGGGAAUUAUUGCUGGGUGAACAAAUGGGAAAUUAAAGGAUUUGCGAUGUAGCUA